AGUACGAUCAUGUACGGAAUUUGCAGUUUUUGUACACUGCCCGAGACCAUCGACACUGUCCUGGCACACCAUUUUCAGCUAAAUGAAACGAAAACCCUAACUCCACAACCAAGUGAGUGAAGAAAUGGACCAAGGAAAGAAGAAGAGGAAGAUGGAGAGGAAGAAAAAUCCAAUCACCUGCAGGACACCCUUCAAAGACCUUUCUGAAGCAAUCGAUUUACCCCAUUUGAUACUUCAGAUUUAUGCUGGUAUGGAAGGAAACACUAUUUUCCUCAUUGCUAGGCAUCCCAUUCCAGAGUUCAACCUAAGGCAUCCCAGAGAAAGGCAUAGAAGAUCCAGCUUCCUAAGGGACUUUGCACCACCACUAUUUUUGUUUGGCGUCUUUAUUUGGCUAGCCUAUAAUUUUUCCCUUCAUCAGCAACUUAUGGAUCGACAAAGGGGAACAUCUGAGAUUCUUUUUCUCCUUUUAACCUCCGUAAUGGCCUUGUUACUUGACUUAAACAUGCUCUUUCUUCAUAGAAAUCCACAAGUGGAAUGGAGGAGAGUGGGGCUUCAGGGAAUCUUGUUGAUUAUUGAGAUUAUUGUUGCUGUGAAGUGUGGGAGCCUGGAGGAUAUUAGAAGAACUAGUUAUGCCGCCAAUUGCCACCCCAAUUCCUAAGUGAUUGGUGUAUCUGCUCAGCCGGUUCUGUUCUCGUCACCUUCUCUAAUCCAAAAGUAUCCAGAAUGCCAGAAACUGUAUUUGAGCUCCAUCUAUGAUGGUUUUUUUUUUCUUCUUUCCGUUAUCUGUUACAUGGAACGUCUAAUUUGCGCAUGACUUGUUACCAACUUAGCUGCUUGUACAAAAUGGGAUGUUAAUCUUUGUCAUGUGCUGGAUCCUUUAAUUACUGGUUGUAUUCAAGUAAAGGCAAGAACCUAGAAGAUGUACUAGGCUCAUGCCAGCAUAUCCUUUUAUC